AUGGCUGUAGGCCGAUUAGAAAAUAAAGUGGCUGUUAUAACCGGCGGCGCAAGCGGCAUCGGCAAAGCCUGUGCUUUGCGUUUUGCCGAAGAAGGUGCGGAAAUUGUCAUCAGCGACAUCGGCGCCACCCGCUUAGAAGAAGCUGCCCAGGAAAUACGUAACACCACCAACGGGCGCGUCACCUGGGUGGAGGCGGAUGUCUGUUUUGCAGAGCAAAUUGAAGAUCUGAUGCAGCAGGCCAUCGACGAGUUUGGUCACAUCGAUGUGGUUGUGGCAGCCGCCGGUGUUUCCGGCGCCAACUACAUCAGCGGCGGCGACAAUGAAUCGCUCGACCAUAUGAUGAUCGAACAGCCGCUGGAGCACUGGAACCGCGUUCUACAGAUUAAUCUGACUGGCGUCAUGCUGACCAACAAAUACGCCGCUCGACAUAUGAUCGCCAAAGGUAAUCCGGGCAGUAUUGUGAAUAUUGCAUCCAGCGCCGCACGCGUGGCUUUGCCUGGCGCUGUUGACUACUGUGUAUCCAAAGCCGGCGUCGCCAUGUUGACCAACGCGUUUGCCAUGGAGAUGCUGGAACACAACAUACGCGUCAAUGCGAUUGGCCCAGGCUUUAUUGAAACACCGAUGACCCAGGGUAUGCAGGCAGAUCCAGAAGGUGCUCAAAUGAUGAUCGGCAUGACCCCGAUGGGGCGUCUCGGUACACCACUGGAAAUGGCCAAUUGCGCCCUGUACCUGGCCUGUGAUGAAUCCAGCUACACCACCGGCAGCACGUUGUACCCGAACGGCGCCAUUGGCGCUGCGCUUGCGCAAAGCGCAUCAAAACCGGAAUAUCUGCGGGCCUUUGCCGUGUUUGGUGGCCUGGCGGGUAUGGCGCCAGACCUGGAUGUAUUCAUCAAUUCCAGCACUGAUCCGCUGCUGUUUCUCGAAUACCACCGUCAUUUUACUCACGCCCUGAUCUUUAUCCCCAUUGGCGCACUGAUUGUUGCAGGCGUUCUCUUCAAGCUCUGGCGCCACCCGCUCACAUUCAGGCAAGCCUACAUUGCAGCUUUUCUGGGUUACGCCACACAUGCUUUGUUAGAUUCCUGUACCACUUACGGCACACAGUUAUUGUGGCCCUUCAGUGAUAUGCGGGUUGCGUGGAAUAACGUAUCAGUGGUCGAUCCACUAUUCACUCUACCACUACUGAUCUGCGUGGUUGUUUCGCUGCGCAAGCGGCGACCACAGAUAGCCACCGUUGGCAUGGUCUGGGCUUUGGCGUAUUUAUCAUUCGGCGUCUGGCAACAUGAGCGGGCGCGCGAUGUAGCCUAUGAAAUGGCAUUGGCUAAAGGUCAUGUGCCCGGCCGAUUGGAAGUGAAGCCCGGCUUUGCCAAUCUCAUUUUGUGGAAGUCAGUGUACGAGUUCGAAGGCAGCUUUAUCGACAAACUCAAUGUCGGAUAUCACUACCCCGAGCUUGCCCCGUACAGUGACUUCAAUAUCAAGAUCUUCCUGAUUGAUCGGCAUACGGAUCAGUUUUUCAACUGCGCGCAGCAACUGGAUACCACCUGGGCAAUCGCGGAACUGGGCGUUGCCGGACCUGCCGGCGCACCUUACGGCCACCCAGCAGGCACCUGCGUACUCGCAGUGGCAGGCAUUAGAGAGCGCCGCGCAAUGAAAAUAGAUGCUCCCGUUACCGCAGACAUGCACAAAAUUGCAGCUCAAGCUGCAGCGCUUGAGUCGCUUGGCUACGACGGCAUACGCCUGGCGGAACUCAAUCAUGACCCGUUUUUACCGCUGACCCUGGCGGCGGCGAACACUCAGCGGAUUGAACUGGUGACAUCCGUCGCUGUUGCGUUUUCACGCAACCCGAUGACUAUGGCGCAGCUGGCCCAUGAUCUGAACAGCUUCUCCAACGGCCGCCUGAUCCUCGGAAUUGGCUCACAGGUAAAACCUCAUAUCGAGCGGCGGUUCAGCAUGCCCUGGCACAAAGCCGCCGCACAAAUGCGUGAAUUCAUUGAAGCGAUGAAUGCAAUCUACGACUGCUGGUAUGACGGCAAACGUCUGGACUAUCAGGGUGAGUACUAUCAGCACAAUUUAAUGCCAGCAACGUUCACGCCCGACAACGUUUCUGGUCCGCGGCCUAAAAUAGUCCUGUCAGCAACCGGACCAUUGAUGACCCAGGUAGCUGCAGAAAUAGCUGAUGGCAUGAUCAUGCAUCCGUUCUCAUCCGAAAAAUAUAUGACUGAAGUCACCUUACCGGCAAUUGAGAACGGGCUGAACAACAGUGGCAGAAAUUUAUCUGACUUUGUGCUGGACUAUGCGCCGAUGAUCGCCACAGGUACCAGCGAAGAAGCCAUCGACAAAGCGGUCAACGUACUGCGCGGGCGCAUCGCUUUUUAUGGCUGUACGGUGGCGUACAAACCUGUACUUGAAAUCCACGGCUGGGGUGAUUUACAGGAUGAGCUGAUUGUCCUGAACCGCCAUCAUCGCACAAAUGAAAUGGCUGCGUUGAUCAGCGAUGAGAUGGUGAACACCAUUGGCAUUGUUGGCACGCCAGAGGACGUCGUGGCACAGAUGAAGAGCCGUUUUGCCAACCUCAUCAGCCGAACCAGCUUCCAUGUGCCCGAUCUUCCAGCAGACCAGCUCAGCGAGUUGCUGAGCUGCCUUAAAUCUUAG